AUGCAUGCUGCAGAGAUUAGCAGCUCCGCCAUGCCCUGCUCCCCUGUCUCCAAACAAGUCUCAAUUUCUCCUCCCAAUGAGCACAUUCUUGUGAACGAUCCCUGGAGGCCCUGGUGGCAGAGAUACCAGCCAAUUAGCUACAACCUCGGCUCAAGAUCUGGCACUGAGGCUCAACUGAAGGACAUGAUCACCAGAUGCAACAAUGUUGGGGUCAACAUUUAUGUGGAUGCUGUCAUCAACCACAUGUGUGGAGCUGGCGGUGGAGAGGGUACCCAUUCCUCCGGUGGCAGCUGGUUCAGUGCCAGCAAAAAGGACUUCCCCAGUGUUCCCUACUCCUCUUUGGACUUCAAUGACAAUAAAUGCAAGACUGGUAGUGGUGAAAUUGAAAACUAUAAUGAUCCUAAUCAG